AUGGAUUCGCAAGUGACCGACCAGGCUGAUGCGAGAGGUGAAUGUGCGUGGACAGUGUGGGCAUGAGAAGUCGGCGGUGUCAGUGCCGGCUACGCAGGUGAUGAUGAUGAUGAUGAUGAUGAUGAUGAUGAUGAUGAUGAUGAUGAUGAUGAUGAUGAUGAUGAUGAUGAUGAUGAUGAUGAUGAUGAUGAUGAUGAUGAUGAUGAUGAUGAUGAUGAUGAUGAUGAUGAUGAUGAUGAUGAUGAUGAUGAUGAUGGGCGCACAGGGCAAUGGCGCGAGGGUGGGGCUGGGUAUGGCGGGUGUGUCUGGACUGCUGUCAGUUCCGCUCUCAUGGAUGCGCAUGUGGCCGAGUAG